CAUUUUCAAAAUCAAUAAUGGUCACACUAAACGUUGUCAUUCUAUCAAAAUUUGCAAAAAAAACUGUUUUGAUUUUAAGUUUGCUUAUUAUAAGGUAGUACUCGGGCCAAUGCCACCGAAAGAACCCAUCGAAAUUCGUCUGAGUAAGAAGCUGACCUGGCUGUUGCGGCAUGGUGCCAAGUCGGAGGGGAUUCCUAUCCAGGCAGAUGGGUUCGUUAACGUGUCCGACCUGGCAAAUCAUCCACAAUUUAAAUGCUUCACUUUGGAGAAACUGCAGGAGAUGACGUCGGCGGAUGCCAAGCAGAGAUUUACCCUGCGCUGGAAUGAAAAGAAAUCCAUCCAUGAGAUACGCGCCAAUCAAGGUCACUCCUUGGAUGUGUUAGAGGGCGACUCCGAAGAAAUGCCGGCCCCCGCCUCGGAGCAAACACAGCCGAGAGAGGGAUGCACUGACGCAAAUCUGACUUGGAAUCAGAACCCGGUGCUCUGCAUGGUCUGUGCCGCUCCUUUUCUGAGCACCCAGGAUUGUUUAGCCCAUGAGCUAUUGAAGCAUGCCAACAAACCGCAAAAGCAGCUGCGGCAGCGUCUGAACGCCAUCACUAAGCUUUUCACCAGCGCACAAACCCAAUCCGAGCGCAGCGAGCUGCAGGAAGUGCUCGAGCAGUCGGCGACCGGUGGUCACCUGCGCACCGUCUUGGAUUUCUAUGCUAGUGAUCUCAGGAAGCUAGAGAGCUGCUUCGGCCAUGUUAGGAACUGUAUUGAAAAGGAGAUGAAGGGCCGGGUUAAGGUGUUUCCUUUUGGUUCACUGGUCACCGGAUUAUCUUUAAAGGAAAGCGACAUCGACUUGUAUCUGCAGCCUUGCGAUGAUCAAAACAUGAUGCACAAACAGCUCUACAACAGGGUCUCACACUUUUUACGUCGCUCCAAGUGCUUUACGGAUAUCUUUACUAUCCGCCAUGCCCGUGUGCCCAUUAUACGCUGCAAGCACACCUUGACGGGAUUGAGUAUAGAUAUCAACAUGUCGAAUCCGAAUAGUACAUACAAUUCCAGAUUCGUGGGCGAACUAAUACUUCGCGAUGAAAGACUGCGUGAGCUGUGUUUGUUCCUUAAAAUCUGGGCCAAGAAGUUAAAACUCAUUGGACACGGCAGCAUGACAAGCUAUUGCCUGCUGAGUAUGAUUUUGGUUAGCCUACAAGUGCGAAAGUUGUUGCCUCCUAUUAAGCAGUUGCAGUCGCUCUGUCCACCGGUGAAUGUGUUUGGCGUUAACUAUGCCUACUGUUUGCAGCUAGUUCCUCCGAUUCCAAGAGCGUUGAAAACAUUGGAUUUGAUUAGGGGAUUCUUUGAAUACUUCAGUAAUGUUGAUUUUGAGAAAUGUGUUUUGAGUCCAUUUUUGGGCUGUGCCCUCGAUAAAGAGACCCUGGCCAGGCCUGGCGGAUUUCCUGAGUAUGAAUAUCAGCUUAAAACCAUGGAGGAAUCAGUUGGCGAAGCCCCCGAACCAUUUCAACUGGAUCGCUUCAUGUGCGUACAGGAUCCCUUUGAGCUGCAACACAACGUGGCCAAGGGUGUUUCUCCAACGAAUCUCUCUUACCUCAGACAGUGUUUAAGGCUGGCGGCGCAAGCUUGUAAUGAGCAGAAUCUUUUACAAAAUCCAGCGCAGCUCUAUGACUGUUUACUAUUUGGUUUAGCGGAUAAAUUAGUGACCGACGUACAUAAGGGAAAAGCCACUCCACCAAAGCAGCAGAGAACGGAAAUAGAACUAUCGGAGCAACCAAAAACGACAGAAAGUGAAACCAAAGUGGAAUCGGCUUCGGCUUACAAUGGCCCCCCAAUAGUAAGGAGCCAUGUCAUCACACCCAGCACCAAUGAUCUCAAGUACUUGCGCUCUGGCGUUUUAAAUCUAGUCAUAGAAGGAAAUAAAUCUAUUUACUAUUACUGGCUGACCUGCUAUGUGGACACCAUCAAGGAUGUGCUCACUCAGAUUUAUGGCAUGAAAAUAGAGUUGAGGGAAUCCAAAGAACCGUUCAGUUACCAGUGGCUCAUUACCACGAAUCUGGACACUUGGACUGGGCGGAGUUUCCAGCGUGGGGCAGGCCAAUCUUUCUUUGCUCAUCAACUGCAACAGACAAUUGAAUUUGGAAAGAUGCGGGCUGGGAACCCCGCCUAUGCGGUCUCUGCAAAUGGUAUAUUUUCGCUGCUGGCUAGUGACGAUUACAAGGAGAUCCGUUUAGAUAUCCAGCCGCUGCCAGGGGAUUCGUUGGGUCUCCAAAGAAAUAGUCCUCUCACGAAGUUUUUCAAGGCUUUUAAGAACUUACUGGGUAACUAUAGUUUUAAAGAGAAGGCUAGCACUUGGAAGUUCAGCACUAUGGGCUCUAAACCUGUUAAUCCAAACGAGUCGCCAUAAUCCAUUACCUUCGAACUUUUAGAUUUGAAUUUCUAAAUUCCAUAUAUGACCGAGUUAAAGGACUUUUUUUUCUUCUUUAAACAGAAUUAUUAUUUUGCAGUGACUAUAACAAAUCAUAAGUGUAACAAUUAGUAAUUAAGCGACUAAUAUAUAAUCCUAUGUUUAAGCUAA